AAUGAAUCGUCAACUUUGAAGAUGACCUUGUCAAGUUUUGAAAUGAGACUCUGAGCGUAUGUUUGAAAGGCUAUAUGGGUGCAAGAUGCAUUCGAUCAACUGGCAACCAUGUUUCGUCUUUCAUUUAUCCAUAUUCGCACUUAGAUUGUUACUCAGGCGAUCAAUUUUUGAGUCCAUUGUCGUUUCAUACUUAUUGUACGUAUCUCUUGGAGGUUGGCGCUAUCAACGCAUCUUUAUUUUAACUAUUCUCAGAGACCUCGUGGGACUACGAUGCAUACUCAUGGUUCAGUUAAAUGUUCUCUGGCUCCAAUGGACGAAACGAACUUUUUCCGACAUGUUUGAAUAUACUGUAAAAAAACGGGGACCAGAAAAUGUUGCUAUUUAUUUUGAGGACCAAGUAUGGACCUUUGGGCAGCUGGAUGCGUAUUCAAAUAAAGUAGCCAAUUAUCUGGCGAAAUGUGGCUUUAAACGAGGCGAUGUAUUACUACUGUUUAUGAAUUCCUGUCCGGCAUAUAUUGGAAUAUGGCUAGGAGCAACUAAGGUCGGUGUUGCAACUGGUCUGAUAAAUACUAAUCUUUGUAAAGGAUCACUUAUGAAUUGUAUUAAAACGCUGAGUGCACGUGGAAUAGUUGUGGGUUCCUCUUUGAAAGAAACUUUUGAAACGGUCAAUGAGUAUAAUGAUUUAUCAUUAGAGAUGAUAUGGUUAGUUGAUGAGAAAAGAAGUUUACCAGAAACUGCCUAUUCUAAUUCAACUUCUUCAACGUAUAGCUGGAACAUGGCACUUGCACAAGUAUCACACUGUGCUCCGAUUCCACUUCCACGAAUCGCUAAUCUUCGUGAACAUUUGAUCUACGUCUAUACCAGUGGUACGACUGGUUUGCCUAAGGCUGCUAUUAUAACGAAAUUACGCUACACUCUAUUGGUUGUUGGUGCUAAAUACUCAUUUGGUAUUAGGCAAUCCGAUAUUAUAUAUGAUCCUCUACCGUUAUAUCAUUCAGCUGGUGGAAUAUGUGGAGUCGGACAAAUGUUAUUAUAUGGUAAUACAAUUGUAAUAAGAUCGAAAUUCUCUGCAUCACAGUUUUGGUCAGAUUGCGUAAAAUAUAAAUGCACAGUUGCUCAAUACAUUGGAGAGAUAUGUCGUUAUCUUUUAUGUCAACCUGUAAGACCAACAGAUAAACAACAUCAUGUACGAAUUGCAUUCGGUAAUGGUCUACGACCACAAAUAUGGAAAGCAUUUCAAGAACGUUUCAAUGUAAAACAGAUUGGGGAAUUUUAUGGUGCUACAGAGUCAAAUACUAAUAUUGCUAACAUGGAUAAUAAAUUUGGUGCAGUUGGUUAUGUUUCAAAGAUCAUUGAUGGUUUUUAUCCAUGCUAUGUCAUUAAAAUUGAUGUGGACACUAAAGAACCUAUUAGAGAUCCCAUAACUGGAUUAUGCAUACUAUGUGAACCAAAUGAACCUGGUCAUUUGGUAGCACGUAUUGGUUCAAAUGAUCCUUUUCGAAUGUUUGAUGGUUAUGUUAAUUCGGAAGCUUCCGAAAAGAAAAUUAUUCGAAAUGUUUUACGUAAGGGUGAUUUAUGGUUUGCUUCUGGGGAUUUAAUGUGCUGUGAUGAAUUGGGUUAUAUGUACUUUAUCGAUCGGUUAGGUGAUACAUUUAGAUGGCAUGGGGAAAAUGUAUCCACUUCAGAAGUUGAACGUGUUUUAGAUCAAGCUAUUGGAACAUUAACUGGGACUGUAUUUGGUGUUUCCAUUCCUGGGACAGAGGGCAAAGCUGGAAUGGCUGCUAUUGCAUUAGAAGGAUUAAAACUUAAUUCUAUAGAGGAAGAAAAUUUGCUUUGUCGAAUAAAUGAAGAGUUUACAGGGAACUUGCCUUCUUAUGCACGUCCUCUAUUCAUACGGUUGUGUCAAAAUCUGACGAUGACUGUUUUCUACACACUUCUCUUCAUUUCAAUCUUCUGUUAACAAACAUUCCACUUCCGACUGGUGUUAUAUACUACUUAUAUCUGCAUACAUCACAAUACCACAUUACACUAUAAUAAUAAUAAUCAUAAUUUUGAAAAAAAAACGAACAAUUAAACUGAUAAUUAAACUUUGUCACAUUCAUGUUCACGUACUAAAGUCCUGUUGUUUUCCUUCUCAUUUUUUAAACACAAAUUUUUUUUAUGAAUUAACAAUAUAUUACUUACUAUUAAAGCUUUAUUUAUUGAUAAUAAAAGAUAUCUGUUCAAGAAAAACACAACUAAGUUCCAGUUUCAAAAUUAGAGAGAGAAAAAAAGCGACAAUAAAGAACGAAAUAAUUAAACUUGAUUAUUCAUUGUACUAUUUUAACACUUGGAAUAGUUUAAGCUUUACAAAAAGAUACCAUGCACACAAACACACACACACACGCCAUGAAAAUUUUAUUAUAUUGGCAAAAAAUGAUAAACAAACCUUUAAUUAAGUUAUUGAUUUUUUGUUGUUGUUGCUACAUUGAAUGUGAAGUAAUGUUUGUUUGUUGUUUAUUUACAGAAAAGUAAUGUAUAACAGAUGAUAAUAGAUACUGUUCAAUAUAUAACGGAAACAAUUAGUACAAAAUGUAUUUAAAAUACUCAUUCUAAUUUCAUAUCUAUUUUAUCAUUUACUUGUUUUAUUAAUUAGGAAGUUACAUAUGAUAAUACAUUAUGAAUUUGUUUACUAUUGUCAGCUGGUAAUAAUUUGUGUUAUCAAUGAAAUUUGUUAUUUUCAAAUGAUUUUAGUAGGAAGUUUGAUUGUAUUUGAACAAAAUAUUAUUAAUUACAUCGUACCAAUGUACAGGUAAUUUAUGUACUGAGUAAGAGUUAGUCAGUUACAAUGUAGGACCAGACACAUACAUGCAUUGGUUCAAGUUUCCACAUCUCAAUUAGCACAGCAAGACGAACACCGGAUUCAUAGAAGGGAAGAGUAAAAUGGAAUGGUAUUAUAUGUAAAACUUAUGAAAUGAUACUUGAUUAUUUGACGAAUAUAAAAAAGUACAGAAAGAACGAACAGAUGUUCAUAACAAUUAUAAAAUAUUAAUAACCACUGCUACUUCUUUCAAUGAUGAUGAUGAUAAUAGUAAUAGUAUUAUGAUCGUAGUGAGGUCGGCGGUAAAAAGAUGCAUUCUCAAGGCCUCCACUACUCACAAUUUUUCGAUAUAACUUUUUCAGAAGCUUUGAUUUUAAGUUAAAAUCGAUUAUGCAUAUGAAUCGUGAUUGUGACAGAGGUCAGUUAUACUAUGGUGUAUGCACCAUAAUUGGUAGAUGCAGACUACUUGGUUAUGGUCCGCAUGACUAUUGUAACCAAUGGUUGGAGACUCUUGGUGACAUGGCUCAGAAUCGAUCACAAUGGCAUAGAUGCAUACACUCUGUCUUCCCUUAAACUAUGAGAUUAAAAUCGCUUCAUAUCUUUCUUUCUAUGAAGUAAUUCUCUCUUCUUGAACUAUAUCCUUAUAUGCAAUCUUUCUUUUCAAUAAUACCACCAUUGAAUUAUACUGCUUUUAUGAAUUUGGUGUUAAUCUUGUGUUAAUGAGGUAUGGCAACUUUGACCGAUGUAUAAAUUUGUCUGGUCCUACAUUGUAGAUAACUGACUGGAUGAAUUUUUACUUCUUUUAACUUCUUGUUGAUUGGAACAUGAAUUGAACAUUUAUCAUAUUUGUUUAACAACAUUGUAAAAACUUUAUAUGAACGUGUUUUCAUAUGAGUAUUUGAGAUUAAAUAUAUUUUUAAUCGAGUUUAAUUUAUGAUUGUUAAAAACUCGGUUUCAUUCCGCCUUUUUUGUUUUUUUUAAAAAAAUCUCGUUUAUUAUUCUAUUCUUUAUUUAGGUACAUUUAAAAUUAGCAAAGCAGAAAUCAGUCGUCUUGGUUUCGAUCCAAACAUUGAUCCAAAUGAUCAUGUAUACUUUUUAAAUCCGAAAACAAAAGUUUAUCAACUAAUAGAUCAACAAUUAUUUAAUGAUAUUAAUAAUGGUGUAUUUAUUUUAUAAACUAUACUAUUUGUAUUCAUCAUACUUAUUAUAUAUAUAUGCUAUUUAUAAUAACAGCUAUAUACAUUAGUUCUUUCGUGUGUAUAGUUAUUUUUAUUCUCUUGUUGUAAGUAUUAACUAACGGAUAGAAAAAGAGAAAAACAAACACAAACCUUUUCUCAAUGGUUAAACACGUUUUGUUUUUUGUUUUGUUUUCUCUUUUUACAUUCUUCCCUUUUCACCUUACCAUCUUAUUUAUUUGUAUUGAAAAACACUUUUUUUAAUGUUUAUUAAUGAACAAGUAAUUCUGGUCAAUUUAUUAGAAAAUAGAUUUUUUUUCUUUUUGUUCUUCUUUAUAUUCAGUUUACUUUAUUCUUGUUCUGUUCUUGUUUUCAGUUCAAGUGGAUGAUUUUGUUGACGAUUGUUUCAUUGUAUCUUGCUUGUUUCAUUUUUAAACCUAUUGAAUAUUGAAUGAAAUAUUCAAUAUGUUUUAUUUGAAUACUUCCAAUCAUUUCCAACUGUAUUAUCAUUUUCAUUUAUAAUUUGUAUAUGUGUGUAUAAUAAAGAAGUGAUAACUAUUAUAAGACUAUUUUGUAAGUAUGUUGUUAAUUUAUUAUUAUUUAUAUUGGUGGCAUAGUUAUACAAUUUCUCAAUAAAGAUAUAUAUUAAUUCAACCUUUAGAGACAAUAUAUAUAUGUGUAUUAGGAGUUCUAUUGUUUUAUUAUAAAUUUGUAAAAUGAUGUUCGAAAAAGUAAAUACUUCUUCAAUUGUAUGAUUUUAUUAGUGAAAUUUAAAAGAACGUUCAUAAUUAUCCCGACAUUCACUUUCAAUAAUAGAUCACUUAUAUCAAUUAUUGUUUGAUGUGAUCCCAUUUAUUGUAUGAUGAAUUUCUCUUCAUUGAUUCCCCUUUAACUACUUAUCUUUUAUGUUAUGUAACUUAUUAACAUUAAUAGAAGCUACAAUCAUAAUUUAUAUAAUAACACAUGUGCUAUUAUUCUUUGUAUAACUUAUCUUAUUUUGAUGUAUUUCAUAGUGUCUGUUUAUGAUUUUCAUAAUCAAAAUGGAAAAUAAACAAAACAAUACAAACAGCAGAGUAUUUAUCAUGUACAAGAUUCAAACAUUAGCAAGUAUUAAUUCCAUUAUUUGAUACACAACGGGUUUUUUUUUAUUUAAAAAAAACAAACAAGGUUUGCUUACUUAUAUUUGUAAUUUACAUUUUGUACUAUUUCUGGAGAAUACUUUUCUUCUUCUUUUUUUUAAUAUAAAAAAUUUUGAUAUAUAUAUUCUAUUUUGUUGUAUUUAUGAGGGCAACUACACAAUUUCAACGUGUUUGG